AUUUGAAGGAUACCCUUAGUAAGAGUGACAUUUUUAUUGUUGUCCUACACAUUGUAAUAAUUAUGUUAUGUGGUUGAGUUCAAUUUCCGGUUGAAAUUACAAUGCUAAUGGAGGGGAUUGAGGAGAAUAGCUCCUGUUUUAGUUUAUGUGUUCAAGCUUGUAAGGAUGGCAGUCUGGAAGACUUGAAGGAUGCCCUUAGUAAGUGUGACAAUCAGAAAAUCAAUCCGUUUAAAGAAAGGUCGCCCCGAGGCUCUCUGUUUCACAUUGCUUCGAUGAAUCGUGAAUGUCCACUGGAAAUACUUGAAGAAUUGAUCACUGUGUUUCGUAAAUUAUCAAAGAAGUCGAGUAAGAAGGGCUCAGGCCUCAUUGCUUUUCUCCGUGACUCUUUAACACCAGAAGAAGGCUACACAGCACUUCACUGUGCCUGUAAGUACAAUAAGUUGAAUUAUGUAUACGUAUUUGUUAAAGAAUUGCGGUUUUAUGGCAUUGGUCACACUGCUGUUUCACGUCAUACACCAUUUGAAGUUUGUUGUCAAUUUAAAUGUCAGAGGGUGGCUUCGUUUAUAUUACAGAACUGUAAGGGUUUGUAUGAUGAUUUCAGUAAUGGUUUAGUAAUUGCAUUUGGUAAUGGUAGUGUGAGUCAUAAAGAGUUCAUAAAAGAAGUUUGUAAAGUUCAUAAAGUUACAACACAAACUCUUGAUUCGUUGUGUAGAAAAAAGUUGUUUAACAUUGUUAAGUUUUGUAUCGAAGAAAAACUUUGCAAGCAAGAAGGUAAGCAGCUCAUGCAAAUGGCUGUGUCACAAGGACAAACAAACCUUAUGAAGUAUCAUUUACAUGUAGAUAAUUAUCAUGAGAUUUAUACUGUACCGGAUAAAAGUGGCAAUAAUCUAAUGCACAUAGCCUGCUCUGAACACCAGCUUGAUAGCAUUCAUUGUUUAAUAGCUAGUGGUUAUGCUGAAAUGGCUUUAGCAAAAAACAAAAACAGGGAAACCCCUUUUGAUAUUGCCGUAUACAAACACUUUGAAGAUAUUACGUUGCUAUUUGAGAAGGAAUUAAAAUUAACACCACUCCACUUAUAUUGUCUUAGGGACCCUGCAAUAUCUGAAGACAAAGAAAUCAUUGAAGUUUUAAAAACAAUAAUAGCUUCUACGGUGCAAGAUGCUUAUCUCAAUAGUGCAUUGCGUUAUGCUUGUCAAAAUGCACAUCUUUUUAUUGUUAAUAAUCUUUUGCUUGUGUUUGAGUCAGAAAUAGAUUUAUCAGAGCCUAACUCUAAUGGUGAUACACCUGUACACUUGCUUGUUCAACAACUUUGUUUGAUUUCUAAAAAAAUUAAAGCCAAUGAAGAAUCCAAUGAAGCAUUAAAGAAGCGUUCCAGAAAAAAAAGAUUACAAAGACAAGAAGAAAAGAUAGUCUUUCUUUUAUCAGUAAUGAUGGAACAUGAAACAUUUGAUCCCACAAUAUUAAAUGCUCAGAAUGAAAGUGCUGUCUUCAUUUUUCUGACUAAAUUAAGCUAUGAGACAUUCUCAUAUUAUGACAUUCUUCGUGCAUUUCUUAAACAGGCUGUCACUAAGUAUCACAAAACUAACGCUUUGAGUAAGGAUAUACUUAAUAUGGUGCAUCACUAUUGCCGUUAUAUUUAUUAUGUCCCUAAAAAGGGUUCUGGAGAGUAUGAUAUUAACUCAGGAAGAUUCAUUAAUUUUGUUCAGACAUUAUCAUCUGAAAACAACAAUUUUAAUCCAAAUGAAGUUGAUUCUGAAGGUAAUGCAUGUUUACAUUAUGCUGCCUGUAACUUGUGCAUUCCGCUUGUGGAGUAUUUCCUUACUUUUUCUGACCUUAGUAUAAAUAAGGUAAAUUAUCUCAAUAAGUCUCCAUUACAAAGCAUGCAGCUAUCUUAUAAAAUCUCAAAACUAGUAGUCUUUUGUAAAAUUUAUUCAUUACUCAUGGACAAAGGGGCAAGUGUAGACAAUAUACAUUUACCAAUUGAUACAAAAGAAGGUAACACUCUACUUCAUUUGGCAUGUAUUGCAAAGUCUUCUUUCCUCCUUAAGUCAUUAACCAGCAGAGCUUCAAUUGAAAGCAUGGUUAAUAAGCAAAACAAAAAAGGUAAAGCUCCAAUUCAUUUGUUGUGCUCUAAUGCCAGAAAGUUUGUUAGUGUCGAAUGUUUUAGAAUAUUACUUAAUCUUCCGGGCAUUGAUGUUAAUCUUCCUAAUCGAUCUGGUAACACUCCACUUAGCAUUUUAACUUCUCACAUUAAUAGUCGAAGGCCAAUUAUGUAUGAGGGCAUAAAAGAGUCAAUUCUUCUACUAACAGAGCAUAGCUCCUUCAAGCCUGAACUCUAUUUAACAUCUGAUUAUUUACAAAUUUGGUGCCAAGUCGAUAAAGAAGAUCUUUUUAGACAAAUUUUUGAAAUUGACAAGCACAGAUAUCUACUAAACUUUGUGAAUUACUUCAGCCAAAAUUUGCUUCACAUUGCUUGCUUGAACUUUAGUUCACAUGUAAUUUUAUUUUUAACAAUGUGUUCAAAUUCAUCUGUACUUUUUUUACAGAAAGAUUAUUUUGAGAAUACGCCAUUAGCUUCCCUUUGUUGGAGAGUUUUUUCACCAGCUAAGUCAUUUGUUUCAUAUCAAGAGGACAUUGUACUUCAGAGUCUCGAUUUCCUAAUCAAGCAUGAAUCUAUUACCUGUAUUAUUGAUGAGCUAGAAAUUUUGUUAUACUGCUUACAUACUUUGUCCAGUUUUUCAAUUAAGUGGUUAGCAGAGAAGAUGAUUGUAGUAUUGUUAAAUGUUGUCAUAGUUAAUGACAAUGGCAUUAGAAAUUGCCUAGCAUCUGUUCCAUUUGAUUCAUUACUUGCUGAAUUUAAAUAUAAAGAGACAACAGAACCUGUACUAAAGGAUAUACUAACAAUUGCAAAUUGUACUCCUGUUCAAAGUUUAUUGUCUAAAAGUAUUUAUCAAAGGAAAGGUUUAUUAUUUUUUUGUUUAAAUGGGAAUUCAUUACUACAUCUUGCUUGCAAAUUAUUAAAUAAAGAUGCUGUUUCUACUUUAAUAUCUGAAUCUAUAGUGUUGCCAGAGGAAGUUAAUGAUGAUGGGCAAACUUGUUUACAUGUAAUGAUAGAAGAGCAGAAUAUUUCAUAUUCAUCAACUCCUUCGAAGUGUUUCUUUGAAAUUUUUGAUCUUUUAAAAUCUAAGAACUUGUUUCAUGUUGAAGAUGUCAAUGGCAAUACAUGUCUACAUUUAGCCUGUAACAACAAAGCCUUGUCUACACUAAUUAGAGAAAUUGUUUAUGCCAAUCCAAGAUUAGUUACAAUAAAAAAUAAUGAAGGCAAUACCCCUCUCCAUAUUGCCUGUAAUUCUGGUCAGUUAGAGGCUAUUGACAUAUUACUUCAGCAAAAACACAUCAACCUCCGCAGUGUGAAUGCUAAGCAACAGACUGUCUUUCACAUUUCCAUUUGUAAAAAAAAAAUUAUUGAUUUGCUUAAGACGCAUUUAUCUUAUCAAGAUAAUAUAUUGUGUAUGAGAGAUGCUGACAAUUGCACUUGCUUGCAUCUCGCCUAUGAAAUUCACAGUAAUGUUUUUUUAACUUCUCUAGUUCCUCCCUGUACAAUUUUAGACAUGAGUUUGAUAGCUGAUAUUGUUAAUAUUAAGAACUCAAAAGGACAAACAAUGCUGCACAUAUGCCCAGAACUCAUUUUGAACACUAAAAUUACUAAGCUAGAUGUAGCUGCAGUUGACAAUGAUGGUGACACUCCUUUACUAAAUUUUAUGAUAAUGCUAUGCCUGGCUAACAAUAGUGAUAGCAAUUUCUUUUUUAAAGAGUCACUAUUACCUGACUAUGACCAAUGUAGUCCUAAUUGUCAUUCAGAGAUGUGGGAGCAAGUGAUUAAAAUACCAACUUUUGAAAUGUCAAUCAACCAUAAAAGCAAUCAUCAAUUUACUUUGUUGCACUUAGCAUGCACACACUUUAAUGAGGAUUUGAUCUUAAAAGAAAAAAUAAUAAACUCAAUACUUUGUUUUCCAAAUUGCAAGACUAAUAUUGUUAAUAAGGGGCAUUCGACUCCUUUUCAUAUUCUGGCAAAAUUAAAUCCCAGAAUGUUUGAUAAAUUUUGUAAAAAUAAAACAAUUGACUUGAAUGUUGUUGACACUAAUGGUAAUACACCACUACAUGUUCUUCGUUAUUCACAAUAUGCAGCAUUUUUGGAUCUCGUGAAUAAUGAUGACAAUAGCAGCAACUCAUAUGGAUUAGCUAAUCUUUUCAUUUCUAAUAUAGCAGGAAAUACAGCACUUCAUACAGCUUGCAUGUACAAUUGUGCCUAUUAUGUUCAUAUUUUUUCUAAGUUGAUGUCAAAUGUCAAUAUACAAAAUAAAAAUGGUGAAACCCCAUUUCAUUGUCUUUAUAAAAGUAGUGAUGAUGAGGCUACAGACAAGGCUGCACUUUUAUUUAAUAAGUGUUGGGAAAUUUUAGUAAAUCAUGUUUCUUUUGAUCCAAACAUUCAAGACGCCUGUGGUAUGACAAUCUUGCACUAUGAGUGUCAAAAGUCAAAACCAGAUUUUGUCCUCGUAAAGCGUCUGUUAAGUCUUAAUGCUACCAAUACCAAGUUAAGGAACAAUCAGAAUCAGACUUGCAUUUUAGUGGCAGAAGCCAGUAGCUGCAAAGAAAAAUCUUAUUUAUUGAGUUUAUUAAAAACUCACAGGUCAGAUAAUGAUUUUCUGGCAUUUUCACACUUAAUGAGCCCAUAUCAUGGUUUAUAUGAUUUUCAUAAAAGGUGCAACUGUUGUUUAAUGCUACACGCUAUGUCUUUAAAUAAUGAGAAAUGCAAAGAUGCUCUUUACUUGGCAUGUGAAGCAGUGUGUCCUGAAAGUAUUAGCAAAUUACUCCUUCGUUGCAGAAAUAAAUUAAUAUGUAAUUAUAUUAAACAACAAUCUGGACAAACUCCUUUACAUUCUCUGGCUUUAGGAUUAAAAAAGCAAGCUGAUUUUAUAAUUCAAGGUUACAGUGAUAAUUUAUUGAAGCUUAGACAGAAAGAUCUCUCUUUUGUGAGAGGAAAAGUGAAUAUUUUAAGCAAACAUGAUUGGCGCAUCUUGCUGCAGUGUGGUAUUAACAAACAAGAUGACCUAGGAAAUACAGCACUUCACUAUGUUUGUGAAGCUCAAAAUGUGACAAUGUUGAGAGUUUUAACUUCAGAUAGUUCUUGCAGGUUUGACAUUCGUAACAAUGCUGAAAAGCUACCAAUUACAAUUGCAUAUGAGUCUGGAAAUAGAAGUUUCUACCUACGAUUUCUAAUCAAAUACUUCAGAAGUCAAGGUGAUGAAGGUUUUGCUGACUAUUACAAGACAGUACUUAAAGAUGGGGCUACAAUUUCCAUGACACCUGUGAAAUGCAUUUUGACAGGGCCACCAGGAGCAGGUAAGACAACACUUAAACAGAGAUUAUUAGGAGAAAAGCUUGCAAGUACUAUCAGUACUGGUGUUUCUGACUCUCCUCAAGUUAUAGCUGUUCGUAAUAUCUCACAUGAGCAGGUUUCAUUACCUUCUAGUGAGAUGAAAUGGACACCGGUGGAUAUUCGAGAUCAAAUCGAAGCCCUUCUUGAAACAGUGUCAUUACAUGCUCAUAAUGCCAUCAAAGAAACCUUAGGUAGACCACCUGUUUUGCCACCUUCUACAAGAUAUGGAAUCUCAAAAAAUGCUAAAUCUUCAAAGGACACUAAUUAUAAUGAUACUGGCAAUAGUUCAAAAAAAUUUAAAUCAGGCUUUAAUGAGUGGCAUGAGAAGCAAGGAAAAGGUAAACCAAAAAAAUUUAAAAGCAUUGAAAAACAGUUAAAAGAGCUUAGAAUUUUAGCAAAUUCAGUACCUUCUAAAAAAUCAAAAAGUGAUCAACACAAGUUUACUAUUAGAGAACUUGAGAAAAAUCCUUUUGUUCGAGUCAUUGAUACUGGAGGUCAACCUGAGCUUCAUGAGCUAUUACCAGCUUUUGUUAAUGGUCCAGCCAUUAAUUUAAUUGUUUUUGAUUUAAGAUGA